UAUAUAUAUCACAAUCAAAGAACCAGCUAGUAAGUAUUCAACCAAAACUCAAAUAAAAAGAAUCUAACAAUUAUUGGACUUACUCUUUUUUUGAGUAUCUUACUGUUAAGAGGAAUCAGAUGGUCUGGUUUCCAACUUAAAUUGGCAACUUUAUGCCACUAUAAAAAGCUCUAAUCAACCUCCCAACACCACACAACAAAACCCUAAACCCCCAUCAAUGGCUAAGCUCCUUGACAACUGCUUUCACUUUAUCAGACGAUCAUAUUCAGUUGCGGCAGAGAAUAUGAGGAUGCAACCACCACCAGCAGCAAUGAGAAAGGUUGGGGAUUUGGGUGCAGGCUUUACGGCAAAGUCGGAGGAGAUAUACUGGAUGAAAGACCCCAAGACUGGAAAUUGGGUUCCAGAGAGUCAUUUUGAUGAAGUUGAUGUUGCAGAACUCAGAGACAAGCUUCUUCCCAAGAAGGUGAAACGCUGA